AAAGCUCACACUCUGGUUUUCAUUUGGACAUAUUGUUCAUCACCGCCCAACUAUCCCCGGAAGGAUCCAUCUCCCUCUCACUCAAGCUCAGCUUUCAAAACCCUAAGCUUUCGUAAUCUACGGGGUUUGCUGUUGGUUCUGGAUUUUGGAGUUCAUGGCGGCGACGACCACUUCCUUUGGAGCUGCGAAUGGUGCAGUGUUGAAGGAUCCGAAGAUUAAAAUGUGGAAUUUUGAUGGUUUGAGGUUUUCAGAUUCCCUUAAUUUGACCAAGCAUGUGAAUGUGUUUUCUGUUUCUUCUUCCAGACCUUCGCUUAUACAAGCUGUUUCGACGCCAGUGAAGCCUGAGACUCAGACUAAGCGCAGUAAGGUUGAAAUAAUCAAAGAAAAUAGUGACUACAUCAGGUACCCUCUUAAUGAGGAGUUGCUGACUGACGCCCCAAAUAUUAAUGAGUCUGCUACCCAAUUAAUCAAGUUCCAUGGGAGCUACCAGCAGUAUGAUAGAGAUGAACGGGGUGAAAAAUCCUACUCGUUUAUGCUUCGAACUAAGAACCCUUGUGGCAAAGUUUCAAAUAAACUGUACUUGACCCUGGAUGAUCUUGCUGAUCAGUUUGGAAUUGGAACUCUUCGUGUAACAACCAGACAGACAUUUCAGGUCCAUGGUGUUAUAAAGAAAAACCUCAAGACUGUAGUGAGUAGCAUCAUUCGUAGCAUGAGUUCAACUCUUGGUGCUUGUGGUGAUCUCAACAGGAAUGUCCUGGCCCCAGCUGCCCCAUUUGCGAGAAAAGAUUACCAGUUUGCACAGAAAACUGCAGAGAAUGUUGCUGCACUCCUCACUCCUCAGUCCGGUUUCUACUAUGACAUGUGGCUGGAUGGGGAGAAAUUCAUGACGGCAGAACCUCCUGAAGUAGUGCAGGCCCGUAAUGACAAUUCUCAUGGAACAAAUUUCUCCGACUCACCAGAGCCCAUUUAUGGAACCCAAUUCUUGCCUAGGAAGUUUAAAAUUGCAGUCACUGUGCCAACAGAUAACUCUGUGGAUAUUCUCACAAAUGACAUUGGUAUUGUUGUGGUCACCGAUGUCAAUGGGGAGCCUCAAGGGUUCAACUUAUAUGUUGGUGGUGGUAUGGGAAGAACGCAUAGACUGGAGAGUACUUUUCCUCGCCUUGCUGAACCACUGGGUUAUGUACCAAAAGAAGACAUUUUGUAUGCAGUGAAAGCUAUUGUUGUUACACAACGAGAAAAUGGGAGAAGAGAUGAUCGUAAGUACAGUAGAAUGAAAUAUUUGAUUAGCUCCUGGGGGAUUGAGAAGUUCAGAACUGUGGUUGAGCAAUACUAUGGAAAGAAAUUUGAGCCCUUCCGUGAGUUGCCUGAUUGGGAAUUUAAAAGUUAUUUGGGAUGGCAUGAGCAGGGUGAUGGUGGUUUGUUUUGCGGGCUCCAUAUAGACAAUGGCCGCAUUAGAGGGAAAAUGAAGAAAACAUUGAGGGAGAUAAUAGAGAAGUACAAUUUAGAUGUGCAACUAACGCCACACCAGAAUAUCAUCUUGAGUGGUAUUCGUGAGGAUUGGAAGCUGCCCAUCACUGCAACUCUUGCACAGGCUGGAUUGCUGCAACCUGAAUAUGUAGACCCCCUCAACUUAACAGCAAUGGCAUGCCCAGCUUUGCCACUUUGCCCACUGGCAAUAACUGAAGCAGAACGAGGAACACCUGACAUCCUCAAACGAGUUAGGGCUGUAUUUGAGAAGGUAGGUCUCAAAUACGAUGAAUCUGUGGUAAUAAGGGUUACGGGUUGUCCCAAUGGUUGUUCUAGACCAUAUAUGGCUGAACUUGGAUUUGUUGGUGAUGGUCCCAAUAGUUAUCAGAUUUGGCUUGGUGGAACACCCAGUCAAACUACAUUGGCAAGAAGCUUCAUGGAUAAGGUUAAGAUUCAAGACCUUGAACAAGUCCUGGAACCCCUGUUUUAUUAUUGGAAACAGGAAAGGCAAUCCAAAGAAUCAUUUGGUGAAUUCACAACUCGCGUGGGAUUUGAGAAACUUCAGGAGUGGGUUAACAAAUGGGAAGGUGUUGUGGCUACACCACCCAAGUACAACUGAGGCUCUGAAGUGCUCAUGUGCAUCUUACAAGAUGAUGCUGCAAAGCAAAAUGGAUAAGGUGAAUUAAGGAAUAAUCUAUCCUUUUUUGUGCUGUUGCUGCUUGGCUACAGCUCUGUAAUGAAUGUUACUCUGUUUUGGUAACAUUUUUAAUGACAGUUUUGCUGCUUGAAGUAUUUACAAGAAUCCUGUUGUGUAUUAUUUUAAACUUAUGCUUGUAUCCAUUUAAUCUAGUUUGGUAAAAGAGAGUUUCUCAUUUCUUUCUCCAGAAAUAAAAUUAUCUUUUGGGUGUU